AUGGCUUUCAGCGAUCUUACAUCGAGGACUGUACGUCUUUACGAUAAUUGGAUCAAAGAUGCUGAUCCAAGAGUUGAAGAUUGGCUCCUCAUGUCCUCGCCUUUGCCACAAACCAUCAUCCUGGGACUCUAUGUCUAUUUUGUCACUUCUCUGGGACCAAAACUCAUGGAGAAUCGAAAGCCCUUUGAACUCAAGAAAGCGAUGAUAACGUACAAUUUUUUCAUAGUACUUUUUUCUGUGUAUAUGUGUUAUGAGUUUGUGAUGUCUGGCUGGGGCACAGGUUAUUCAUUUCGCUGUGAGAUUGUUGACUAUUCACGCUCACCCACAGCUUUGAGGAUGGCACGUACCUGCUGGCUUUAUUACUUCUCCAAAUUUUUCGAGCUAUUGGAUACUAUCUUUUUUGUUCUGCGUAAGAAAAAUAGCCAAGUGACUUUCCUUCAUGUCUUCCAUCAUACCAUCAUGCCAUGGACCUGGUGGUUUGGAGUCAAAUUUGCUGCAGGUGGUUUGGGAACUUUCCAUGCUUUUCUAAAUACAGCUGUACAUGUAGUCAUGUAUUCCUACUAUGGAUUAUGUGCAUUGGGACCAGCCUACCAGAAGUAUUUGUGGUGGAAAAAAUAUUUGACAUCAUUACAGCUCGUCCAGUUCAUUAUUAUCACCAUCCACAUAGGCCAGUUUUUUUUCAUGGAGGAUUGCAAGUACCAGUUUCCAGUCUUUCUGUACAUCAUUAUGAGUUAUGGGUGCAUCUUUCUGCUGCUCUUUCUCCAUUUUUGGUACUGUGCUUACACCAAAGGUCAGAGGUUGCCUAAAACUCUGAAAAACGGAAACUGUUCAAACAAACAUCACUGA